GGCUCCUGGUAGGAUCGCACUGUCCAGAAAUGUCCUCUGCCCUGCCCCUCCCUGGCUCAGACCAAAAUACUGGCCGCUCCCCUGGCCGCUGCUGGGAGUGACUUGUGCCUCCUCUGGAAGCCGGCGCCUGGGGCAGCCAGCCGCCCGGAGCUGGGGCAGCCCUCUGAUCUGUCGCUGCCCUUCUAGUGGGACCUUCUGGGGAACUGUCCACCUGUCUUACGGGCGCCAUUCCUGCCAGCCAGCACCAGGAUGGGCGAGUUCAGCGAGAAGAAGGCCACGUGCGGCACCGUCUGCCUCAAGUACCUGCUGUUCACCUUCAACUGCUGCUUCUGGCUGGCUGGUCUGGCCGUCAUGGCCGUGGGCAUCUGGACGCUGGCCCUGAAGAGUGACUACAUCAGCCUGCUGGCCUCGAACACCUACCUGGCCACAGCCUACAUCCUGGUGGUGGCUGGCGUUGUUGUCAUGGUGACCGGUCUCCUGGGCUGCUGUGCCACCUUCAAGGAGCGGCGGAAUCUGCUGCGCCCGUACUUCAUCCUGCUCCUCAUCAUCUUCCUGCUGGAGAUUGUUGCCGGCAUCCUAGCCUACGUCUACUACCAGCAGCUGAACGCGGAGCUCAAGGAGAACCUGAAGGACACCAUGACCAAGCGGUACCACCAGCCAGGCCACGAGGGCGUGACCAGUGCCGUGGACAAGCUGCAGCAGGAGUUCCACUGCUGUGGCAGCAACAACUCCCAGGACUGGCAGGACAGCGAGUGGAUCCGCUCUGGGGAGGCCGGUGGCCGCCUGGUCCCUGACAGCUGCUGCAAGACCGUGGUGGCCCACUGUGGUCAGCGGGUCCACGCCUCCAACAUCUACAAGGUGGAGGGCGGCUGCAUCACCAAGCUGGAGACCUUCAUCCAGGAGCACCUGAGGAUCAUCGGGGCCGUGGGCCUUGGCAUCGCCUGUGUGCAGGUGUUCGGCAUGAUCUUCACCUGCUGCCUGUACAAGAGCCUGAAGCUAGAGCACUACUGACCCCGCCCACGGCCGGCCACUGGGCAUGUGCGCACAGCUCCCCUGGAGUGACUACUGAGCGGAUACUACUGGGAUACUACUGACGGCCAGGGAGCUGGGGCCCCUGGGUGCCUCUCCCUCCCCUCUGCCCCUUUGCCAGGGAGGUUGUGUUCUCAUGCCCGUGCCCCCACCAACGUGCCAUCACCGUGACCUCUGGGGACCCCCAUCCCCAGAGCGAGCUUCAAGUGCCUUUUGCUGCAUGCCAAUCCUGAGGCAGGGACCCCUCCUGCAGUUGGGGGGACCCAGCAUUUCUGCUUAUGUGGGGGCCUGGGUUCUGUCAUAAAGUCUCCCCCCGACAGGCCACUUCCCUUGGAGGGGAGGUUAUGGCACCUCAGGGGACUCCCUGGUGCCUGUGCUUAGUUGGAGGGGCUGGGUUGGCCCAGCCUAGGGUGCUCCCAGACCAUAGGACACACUCCACAUAGUGGUGGGGGCAGGCCUGGGAGGGGUGACGCUGGGGGCAGGUGCAGGGGGUGCGGAUCGGGGGCAGGUGAGGAGCUCCGUGUGCUUGCCACCAGGUCUUGUGCCUCUGCUGACCCCGGUCCCAGCCACCCCUCUGCUGAGCCCCCGCUUUCUUCCUGCUGCUCUCCCCAUCACCAAAAAGGCCACGAUGUUCACUGUUGUCUCCCCCCCGGGGCAGGGGCUGGGGGUAUGUACUCACUGCUGUAUGACUAGACCUGCCCUGCACACAGCAGGUGCUCAAUAAAUGUGUGGAUACACAGGUG